UUGGCAGACGGUGAUGAUGGUUGAACACGAAGAGGGUUUUGGGAAAGAUCGUUGAAGAUGAACAAAAAUGGCGUCAUUCCGUGGAUGAGGCAGCAAUGGCGGGGCAUAGUGAAAGUGCGUUUGAAAUGGGUGAAGAACCGAAGCCUCGAUCACGUCAUCGACAAGGAAACCGAUCUCAAAGCGGCCUGUCUCCUGAAAGACGCUAUCAAUCGCUCUUCCACCGCCUUCCUCACGGCGAAAUCCGUUGCAGACUGGCAGAAGCUCCUCGGCCUCACCGUUCCCGUUCUCCGCUUCCUCCGCCGCUACCCCACCCUCUUCCAAGAGUUCCCGCACCCGCGCUGGCCCUCCCUCCCCUGCUUCCGCCUCACUGACACUGCACUUUUUCUCCACUCCCAGGAACUCGCACUCCACCAAGCUCACCAAAACAACGCAGUCGAACGCCUCUCCAAGCUCCUCAUGAUGACCCGCUCACGCGCCCUGCCCCUCUGUUCCCUCCACUCGCUCAAGUGGGACCUCGGCUUACCCGACUCCUUCGAGAAAACCCUCGUCCCCAACUUCCCUAACGACUUCCAGUUUGUCAAGUCCAACGGCGUCGUUUCGCUCAAACUAGCACGAUGGCCUGAGGAAUUCGCUGUGUCCGCGCUGCAACAGAGAAACGAGUGUGGGACCCACUACCGGGAAUUCAAGCGGGGACAAUCGGCAUUGGCUUUCCCGAUGAAGUUUCCCAGGGGUUACGGCGCGCAGAAGAAGGUGAGGACGUGGAUGGAGGAGUUUCAGAAGCUGCCUUAUGUUUCUCCCUAUGUUGAUUCCUCCAAGAUUGAUCCCAACAGCGAUUUGAUGGAGAAGCGCGUGGUUGGGGUUCUGCACGAGCUUUUGAGUUUAACUCUGCACAAGAAAACAAAGAGGAACUACUUGAGGAGCUUGAGGGAAGAGUUGAAUCUUCCGCACAAGUUUACCCGGAUUUUCACUCGGUAUCCCGGCAUCUUUUACCUCUCACUGAAGUGUAAAACGACCACUAUUACUCUCAGGGAAGGGUACCAGAGUGGGAAACUGGUUGACCCCCACCCUCUUGUCCGACAUAGAGAUAAAUUCUACCGUGUCAUGCAGACGGGGCUUCUCUAUCGCGGGGAUGGGUCAUUGAAUCACGACGGCAACAAUUCGUUGGUCGAGAAUGAUGAGCUAAGAAGUGAGGAAUCCGGGGAGGAAGAGGUUGAAACGAGUGAUGAAUUAUCUGAGGGUGAAUCGAGUGAUGAACUCUGCGAGGGUGAAGAGUGAAUAAGUUUUUUGGUGCUGAAUUCUGUUUGUAUGAGCAACUUGUAUUCUCUUCAAAGAUAAUUUAUUUCCUCCUCCGGUGUUGUAGGUGCAUUAAAGGGAGAUGAUGAAAGUGCCUGAAGUCCAAGAUAAUUAUAUAUAGGAGUCUUGUUAUUGCUCACAACUUCAAGCGAUGCAUGCAUUGAUAAAAUAAUACUGCAGUGUAUCUGGUCUAAAAAAUAAUUUGUCCUCUGGUAUUGAAAAACUUCCAUUCAGGCAUGUUGGCAUUGUUGAAUUAAAUGAUUUUAGAUGUUUUCACCAUAAUAAGGAGAAUACGUUUUGGCAUCUGCUUUACUUUCCUUUUUUGCUGUAUUGCUGACUGCACUUCACAGAAGUGCUGGUAGUUUGUCUUUUUCGGUCUUUUGAUACGUAUUGCUCCAGUACUGCAGUUUAAGUAGGUGUGUUUUCUUUAUGCCUAGACCUAAAUAUGCCUGCGUCCUUUAUUGACGAGG